AUGGGUAUGACAAACAUGCCAGACCUAAAGAACUUAGGCUUGGUAGUCAAUCAAGCCCAAGGUAGCGUGAGUUUGACAAACACGCCAAAUCCAAAGAACUUGAACUUGACAGUCAACCAAGCUCAAGGUGACGUGGGUCUCUCAAACAUGUCAAAUCCAAAGAACUCGGGCUUGGAAGUCAGCCAAGGCCAAGGUGGCGUGGGUUUGGAAAUCAUGUCAGAGCCAAAGCAUUUGGGCUUGGAAGUUAGCCAAGCUCAGCUUUACUACCUUCUAAAAGAUGAGAAAGAUGUACACUUUACAUUUGGAACCUAUCGAGGGGAUGGGAUCGAUAAAGCAGGCCAAGGGAUGGCUUCUUCCAAAUUCUGUCUAAAUAUUGCGGGGGAUACCCCUUCCUCCAAUCGCCUGUUUGAUGCCAUUGCGAGGCAAUGUGUUCCUGUGAUAAUAAGUGAUGGCAUUGAGCUGCCAUUUGAAGAUGUCCUAGACUACUCAGAAUUCGGUGUAUUUGUUCGCGCAUCUGAUGCUGUUAAAAAGGGGUACCUACUGUAUCUUCUUCGUGGAGUUAAGAAAGACCAGUGGACCAUAUUGUGGGAACGAUUAAAGGAAAUUGCUCCACAAUUUGAAUAUCGGUAUCCAUCCCAGCCUGGUGAUGCUGUGGAUAUGGUUUGGGAGGCUGUGUUACGCAAAAAAUCUUCAGUACAAUUUAGACAUCACAGGAAGAACAGAUAUACGAGAUCAGAGGCUUUGCUGAAGAGAAUUUGA